AGUCGCCCGUCACACGUUGAUCGGUUCGGACGUCUGUCACGCUCACAAGCGCGACCAACCAACCAUGCGGUGAAGUGAAACUGUCAAACGUGAUCCCAUUCCGUACAUUGUGAACUCUUACGUUCAAAUUAUACACGCGUGGUGAUUUGUGUACACGAAGUGCUGCCACAGAUUUCGAAAAUUGGAUUAUACAGACACAUUAUGGCCUUAGCUAGGUAUAAUCAGCAGAGCGCGCGCUCGCCUUGGCUAAAGCUCGGGUCGGGCAGCGAGUGCGGCGGCGGAGGGUCGGGCGGCGGCGCGGCCGCUCCGCAGUCGGCGCGCGUCACGUCCAACGGCGCCGGCGGCAUGGCGGUGAGCCGCGUGCCCAGCCCGUUGCACGACGGGAACACCCCCGUCGCCGAGAACUGGUGCUUUACACAGGUGAAGGUGGUGAAGUUUAGUUACAUGUGGACUAUAAACAAUUUUAGUUUCUGUAGAGAAGAGAUGGGUGAAGUGUUAAAAUCAUCGACAUUCUCUGCCGGUGCUAGUGACAAGUUAAAAUGGUGUCUUCGCGUGAACCCAAAAGGUCUAGACGAAGAGAGCAAAGACUACUUAUCGUUAUAUUUAUUAUUAGUGUCGUGUAAUAAAUCAGAAGUACGGGCAAAGUUCAAGUUUUCAAUAUUAAACGCGAAGCGAGAAGAGACCAAGGCGAUGGAGUCGCAGCGAGCGUACAGAUUUGUUCAAGGAAAAGAUUGGGGUUUCAAAAAGUUUAUCAGAAGAGACUUCCUGCUAGACGAGGCAAACGGCCUGCUACCCGAGGACAAGUUGACGAUAUUUUGCGAAGUGUCGGUGGUCGCAGACAGCAUUAACAUAAGCGGCCAGAGCAAUGUGGUACAAUUCAAGGUGCCCGAGUGCCGGCUGUCCGACGACCUCGGCGCCCUGUUCGACAAUGAGCGCUUCUCCGACGUCACGCUGGCCGUCGGCGGCCGGGAGUUUCAGGCGCACAAAGCAAUCUUAGCAGCGCGAAGUCCUGUGUUCGCGGCUAUGUUCGAACAUGAAAUGGAGGAAAGAAAAAGAAAUAGAGUGGACAUAACCGACGUAGAUCACGAAGUUUUGCGAGAGAUGCUACGUUUUAUUUACACGGACCGCGCGCCAAAUCUGGACAAAAUGGCCGAUGACCUAUUAGCAGCAGCCGACAAAUACGCGCUAGACAGAUUAAAAGUAAUGUGUGAAGAGGCUCUUUGCUUGAGCCUGUCGGUGGAAACGGCGGCUGACACACUCAUAUUGGCGGACCUACAUUCAGCAGACCAGCUCAAAGCUCAGACCAUUGACUUCAUCAACACGAGUCACGCGACGGAUGUUAUGGAUACUGCCGGUUGGAAAAACAUGAUCUCGUCACAUCCACACCUCAUAGCGGAGGCUUUCCGAGCUCUCGCCACACAACAGCAACAAAUCCCCCCAAUCGGACCGCCUCGUAAAAGAGUGAAACAAGCCUAGGAUUCGAUUCACACCCUACGUAAUACCAAAGACACGCGCGGGACCCAACCCUUCCACUACUACGCGGAUUGAAGGGUCUGAAGCAUACAUUUCUAGCCAACCCAAGCGUGCUGUGAACUGUUUAAUAUAGUGAGUGCCCGGUUGUGUUGCAUUAGUGAAAUGGACACUAUACUGCAGUUGAACACUAUAAAGCACAUUGGAUUCAGUGGAAGAUAUAAUUUCAUUAUAACAAUUAAGUGGUAAAGCAGAUUCCUAAUAUAAUAAAUGCAAUUUUAUGCAAGACAUUGUUGAGUACAGACCAUGAAACUACAAAACUGCUGAAGCAGCAAUGCAUCAUUUUAAUUGUCAUGGUGUAGGCUGAAAUACCUGUUGUGAAUUGUCAUUAGUAAAUUUAUAAAUGAAAACUUUUGAAUUGAAUAUUAUUGCAUAGCCACUUAAAAGAUGUGAAACUAAUGUAACCACUAAUUGAAUCAGUGUAAAUUGAAUUGCUGAUGAUGUGUUGUCAGGAGUAACAGAUCCCUCUAUAUAUACUGCAGUAGAGUUGUACACCACAUGGCACAUGCUCGAGUUCUACGCCGGCUAACUGUAUUGUUACUAUAUAGAAUAAACGCAGUGUAUUUGUGCUGUGAGUGAGAUUGGCCUGUGGAUGUGUUCGUAUAAUUAGUUGUGAAUCCAAGGAUUCAUCCCUUUCAUUUACUAUGAUUGAUCUCAAGACGAUAUUCGAUCCUAAUAUUUUUUGUCGUUUAGUGGUACCGCUUUUAAAUGAUUACUUUUAAUGUGUAUGUUAAGAAGCUGGACGCUUUUUGCGCGUUGUAGUUUUUGAUGUAGGCUCGGAGUUUAAUAUUUUAUAUACGUCGUUUCUGUGAAAGUUCUUUUACAGUUAUUUUAAAUGUAAAUUAAUAAUAUGUAUAUUCAACCUACACUUCGUAUUUGGUACUUCGUACUGUCUGUGUCAUGAAGUAUUUAAUCACAGACAUUGAUCCCAUUGGCUAACAAUAUUUCCAAAAUAUUCUAAUAGUUUCAUAAUGUGAGAUGCAGUUGAUGUUUUUAUCAGUCCUAUGAAAAUUUAAUUGUUGGAAAGGUCCUUCAAAACAGUACUUUUGAUCAUACUUGAAAGUAGCGCGGUAAUUGAAUGCAAUAAUAAUGUAAAGUUUAUGUCACACAGUUGUGAUCAGAUAUGGUCUGUGCAAUUUGCCUCACACAAAUUUGUGACAAGGCGGAGCUAGUAUAGGCGCUAGUAACUUGGCGCACAUUAUGUACAAAGCUGUGUGACAUAAAAAGUUGUAGGUGACUCGAGUGUUUGUAAUAAGUAUAAUAUUGAAAUUGUUGGUGUUGUAUAUAGAGGAGCUACGAUCCCACCAUUAAAAUAUUUCUAAGUACUAAAUUGUAAGUGGUAUCACAGGUGACACCAAUCUAUUAUUUUAUUGUAACUAUAGGUGUUAUUCCAAUGGACUUAUUGUGAUUUUUUUCAUACAAAUUCCCAUAGAUUUAACAAACAUGCUUUUCCUUUGGUUUGAAUUGUAGAUUGCCUUAAUUUAAACAUUUUGUCAUUGGGUUUUUGCUUCUUUCUUACUUUGCGUCGCCUAGUCGAAGUUUUUAGGUAUUUUUUAUUUUCGUGUAUUUCACAUUGUUUUGAACUAAUAUCAUACUUUAUUUUAAAAAUAAAAUUAACUGUUAAUAAUUUAUCUACUACUUCAUUAUAAAAUCUUUCAUUUCUCUAACAUUCUUAAAUAAAUUUUAUCCUCAUUUAGAUCUAAUAAUUACCCAACAUUAGUAAUAACAUACUGUGGCCAAUAAAAUUAAUAAUAUUUAUAAAAAUACCAUUUUAUACCCACUCCCAAUUUACAUAGCUGGCAGCUGUUGUCAUGUAAUAUGAUAGUUACAAAAACAAUUGUCAGAAAUAUUAACUGUGAUUUUCGAAAUUGUCAAUAAGUUGAGCAAAUAAAUGAAAUGAUG